UCCAGAUUGGGCUCAGCAGCGUUACACUUGAAGAGGGACUGCGCCGCGGCAGAUGGAACUUGCGAUGGAACCUUCGACUCGGCUGCGUCGGUACUUGCAAGGCGGGUCGUCGUUCGAUGGGAGUCUCGCCGUGUACGUGUACAUCUUCCUCGGAGCGAUGGUGUUCGUUGGCGUGCUAAGUCUCCUCGCGUAUUGCUACCACCAACGCCGCAUCGCGAGAUACUUGGAGACGGACAACAUGAACAACAACAUGCAACGUCACUCCCUCAUCGACAGCUUCCUCGAAGCCGGCGAGUCCGAGUGGCAGUGCUCUGUCUGUUACCACGACAAUCACCCCGCCAAGCAUGAAUGUCUUCUUUGUGGCACACCUCAACUCAUCCUGGAGCAGGCGGUGGGCACGCCGCGAUAUCACUUCGGAGACCACGACGCUCCUUUGGACCCUCUCCAAGCUGCUCGCCAGCGAUCUUUCCAAGUUCGUCGGUUGAACGAGAUGCAAGAGAAUGUGCACUUGAACCAGCGGCAGCGCGGUGCACGACGAAGGAAUAUGUGGAAGCGCGAAAAGGGCGAAGACGGCCAAAUGCGAUGGGUGCGUGUGGAGGACUGCAAGCCCCGCGUCAGCAUCCUCACGAGUGCCAGCCCCCUCGUGGUUCCACCCCCGGAAGAGUACCUCUUUGACAUGCACGCGCGCACUUCGUUCUCGUCCCACACGGAAUCGACCGUCGAGACAGAGCUCAUGCUUACGCCGAUGGCAGCGGCGCGCCAACGCGGCGCCAGCAAAGGCCGGACGGCAAAGAUCACCAAGCGGACUGACAAAUCGGAAACGUCAUCGCUCAUGGCGCAGGAUUCUGUCGGGUUUGUACGAAACACGGACGACUUGGGCAACGUGUCAUGGGUGCCAGCCGACACGAUUCGCAUGUCGGAAGCGCUAGUGAUCGACACGGACGAGUUUCCUCGGGCGUCAUCGGUGAUAGAUUUCGAGAGCGUCGCGGCGCUGCCAUUUCGACACAAGGUGCGGUGGUUUUUGCAAGAGCUCGACAAGGUCGCGGUGCCGUGGGAAGAAGGCCAUUUGCUCUUGAAAAUCCGGCGCGACGCCGUUUUGGAAGAAUCGAUGCACUUGCUCAUGCUAAUCCCGGCCGCAGACAUUCGCCAGCGCCUUCGCAUUGAAUUCAUCGACGAACCUGGGCUGGACGCAGGAGGGCUGCUUCGCGAGUGGGUGCUCUUGCUCUGCGAACGGUUGUUUGAUGGGUCGUAUGGGCUCUUUCAGUCGAGCCACGUCGAAAACGCCGGGCACGUGUGGCGUCCAUGUCCGUACCGACGUGUGACGGGAAUGGCUAGGUAUUGGAUCAACACCAACUCGGCGCAGCUGAAACCAGAUCAUUUGAAGUGCUUUGAGUUUAUCGGGCGGUUGAUUGCCAAGUGUUUGUUGGAAGGGCAGCUCUUGACGGUGCAUUUUUCGCUGCCGCUGCUCAAGCACAUCCUUGGUGUGCCCAUUUCGUUCAGCGAUUUGGAGUUUUUGGACGAAGAAUUGUGCAAAAAUGCCAACUGGCUGCGCGACAACUCGAACGUGGACAACUUGUGCUUGGAUUUCACCGUCCAGUCGUUUGAUGCCAACGGCAAGCCGCGCGCGCCGACGGAGCUCGUGCCGGACGGCGCGUCGAUCCCAGUCACGGACGAAAACAAGGAAGAGUACUUGCUUGCGCUGCUCAAGUAUCACAUGUUUGAUUCUGUUCAUGAGCAAGUGGCGGCGCUGCUCAAGGGCCUCUUCGACGUCAUUCCUCGCAAUCUUCUCGCCGCGUUCGACUACCAAGAACUGGAGUUGCUCAUUUGCGGUGUCCCCAAAAUCGAUAUGGCCGACUGGAAGCGCCACAGCGACAUCAAAUAUCUCGACUUUGACCAUCCGUCCAAGGCCGAGCACAAGGUGAUUGAGUGGUUCUGGACCAUCGUGGGCGAAUUCACGCAGGAUCAGCGCGCGCGCCUGCUGCAGUUUGUGACGGGGACGUCGCGAGUUCCGGUCGAGGGCUUCAAGGGACUCUUGAGCAACGACGGGCGCGUGCGACGGUUUGGGAUUCAAAUGGUCGGUCGAGGCAUACCCCCCACGGGGCUGUACCCAAAAGCCCACACGUGCUUCAACCGCAUGGAUCUUCCGCUGUACAACUCGAAGGAAGAGAUGGCGGCGUACCUCACCCUGGUGAUCAACAUGGAGAUUACGGGCUUCACCAUGCAGUAGCCACUACGUCCGAUUCAAUGUGUAUACUAUGAUAUUCCACUCAACCGACGGCCAUGCUCGGGCUCUUCCUCGAGCACAUGCAUUGCGGGCGCCGGCUGCCUUGAGUUCGCCUGGAUUCGAGCCGAUGCCACGACUUGUCGCUAUGAAGCUGCGCAGAAGCUACGUGCCAAGCAGCGUCACGAGGACGAGUGGACAGUAUGAUGUGAGGUAGCUUCUUGCCCUGCCCCAGAGCUGUCAAGGCUGGAAUCAAAGCUAUGAUGGGUUUAUGUACAAAAUGCGACUGUCGCCAGACUCGACCACAGGCCAAGGGUGAUGUCAGCCGUCCGCAUUGCCGCCACCAUCGUCUCCCUCGUCGACGUCCUCGUCGUUAUUUUCCAUGCGGAUAUGGGCCAUGUGGACGGUCAGCUUCACCUUGCCGUUCUCGGCCAACUCGACGGUCGGUUUGUUGAAUGGGGCAGUCGGCGCUGUGCUGGUCGACCGAGGGUGGGCGCUUUGUGGCCGCGGCAUGGCGGCGUCGACUUUCCGUCUAGGCGUAGCAGACAUGCAUCGAGGAGGUAGCACUCGCGGUGGUACUCCAUGUCGAAUCGACGUGGUCGCAGCUUUGUCGAUGGCUGGCGCGAGCGUGUGGUGGACAGAAUCCGCGGGGGGCGGAGCCAUGUUGGGGACGGUGUUGAGUACCCGAAUGCGCAUCAAGGACGGCUGGGCAGACACCGGGCGCUGUGUGCCAGCAGACUGCACCGCACGUCGAAUGCGACUGGUCGGCAUAUACACGCGUUGCUGGGCUGUCGGAGGUCGUUUCUUGGAGUGCGGGAGAAAGCGCUUCUGUGCCACCUCUUGGAUGCACUCUGUCCGUUCCAGGACCAUCUUUGUAUACGCCUCGAUGAUACCAAGCAUGUCUUCAUCCUCUGGCUCUGUCCGUCUCCGUCGCGCAGACGAAAGCGGCGGCGCCAACGCCUUGGUUUUGGUCGAGUUCAACCGUCGGGUCUGCCACGCUACAGGACCCCGCCAUGAGAAUGGAAUGCCGCCGUCCGAGUCGUACCAAACUCCAUUAAGUUGUCGUCGGCCGCCCCCCGCGGCGAUGGGUCGCGCGGCUUUGCCCAAAGACCAACGUGCGGAUUGCCGCGGCGAGACGCUGCAGGCGCGGGUUUUGUUCGAUCCGUGUGCUUCCGCUUCAUUGUGUUGUCUUCCUUGGUCGAAGCACCGAACCUGCCGGUCGUCAGCACUGGCAUCGCAAUGCCAGUCGUGCUCACUUGAAAUGCGC